AUGCAAGGCCUGUCUCUUGAGGCUAAACAUCUGAGAGAUUUCAGGAAGUAUGACCCUCGCUCCUUUGAUGGAUCAUUGGGGGACCCCACCAAAGCAGAGAUGUGGUUGCCAUCUAUUGAGAUGAUAUUUCGUUUUAUGAGGUGUCCAAAAGAGCACAAACUUCAAUGCGCAAUUUUCAUGUUGACUGGUAACGCAAAAAUCUGGUGGCAUUCAGCAAAAAAGAUGAUUGAUACCAGUGGGAAGCUUGCAACCAGGGAGCAGUUCAAGGAGAACUUUUAUGAAAAGUAUUUUUCGGCCAACACCCGGUACAACAAGCAGGCAAGAUUAUUAAGCUUGAAACAGGGAGUUAUGCCAAUGGAGAAAUAUGAACAAGAAUUUUAUAAGUUCUCCCACUUUUCUCCUGAACUAGUAGCCACCGAGGCAGCGGGGACCAAGAGAUUCAUCCAGGGUCAAAGGAGCAGACUGCGAGGCAAUACAUGCCUUGGACCUCAAAACAUAUGUUGCGGUACUGCGGGCCGCCGUGAGGAUUGA